AUGGCUUAUCUCAACGUCUCACGUCAGCCGCAGGAAGUGUUGUAUCCUAGCAACGAUAUACAAAUGACAGAAUCAUUUCCGUUAACCUUGUUUAUUUUAAUCAACAACACCUGCGUCUCUUCAAUCAUCGGACUUCUGGGACUAGUCGCCAACGUCAUCAACUUGAUAGUCUUCUACCGCCAUGGUUUAAACAGUUCUAUCAACAUCAGUUUCUUUGUCAUGGCCAUCACCGACAUUUUGUCCAUCGUCUUUGUCCUAGGGGCCAACCUCUGUUUCAAUCCAUAUAUUGACCAGUGGAAAGUUCCGGUCAUGUUCGCUGAGGUUUACUACAUCGCAGGAGCCUGGCCCUCGGGCGCGUCAGGUCGUAUCACGCUGUACAUAGCUGUCUACAUCACAGCAGAGAGAUGCCUGUGUAUCUUGUUCCCAUUAAAAGUGAAGACUUUAAUAACUCCGAUACGGUCAAAAGUUGCGAUGGCUUUUAUCGUCGUGGUCAACACGUUGACUCUGGUUCCGGAGUAUUCGUCCAUUUACUUAGCCUGGCGAUACGACAGCGUCCGAAAUGAGUCAGUGCUCGGCGCGUCUUUCACGAGCAGCAGACCCCAGACUCAAGGGGUCACUUUUCUCCUGCACGUGUUUCUCAUGGUCAUCGGACUCUUCUCCGUCAUGGUCCUGACCUCCCUCUUGGUCAUUCAUCUCCGACGUCAGACAAAAUGGCGGAUGAAGAGCAGCAGCUACGCCAAGCAGCAAGCAGCGUACUCGUCACGUGACCGGAAGUCGCAAGCGCUUGUGAUAGUGGUGGCAUCGUCAGUGGUCGUCUGCUACAUACCACUAGUCUGUGCUUCGCUGGUCAGUGUGUUUGAGCAGCAGUUUGCUAUCGGAGGAAAAUAUUCCAGCAUUUUUGUUAACACUUGGGGCACGAUCUUUAUCUUUGGAAUGACCAACUCCAGUUCUAACAUCUUGAUUUAUUAUAAAAUGAAUUCUAAGUUUAAAAGUACACUGAAGGAACUGUUUUAUGCAACUAGACUUUGCCUGUGA